GAGCAAGAGGAUUGGUCAUGGGACAAUCUCCCCGACAUCUUGUAUCAACUCCAUCCCGUCGGGUCCAAGAGCAAGGCCAAGAUAGGGAAGAAAACAUAUCCGAUCAACGGAAAGUACUUGAAAGAUAUUCCUGUGCUGCCUGACCAGAUCCCCACGGAUGUUGAGGAGUUUCGGGUGGAGGCUUGGGUCCGAUUGGACCGCCGCAUUCGACUUGAGGACAUCCUCGACAGAAUGCCCAAGGGCCACACUGUUAAGCCCAAUGCCCUCCAGCAAAGAGGCGUCCGAUUUCGUCAAGCGUUCUCCCUGUGUGCCUGGGACUCCGGAAACAAGAAGAGCAUUGCUCUGGGUAAGGAAAUCGAGGAGAAAUUGGAGGCCGCAGGCAUCUGCCUCGCCCUCAACACCACUCGUGGCCUUACUCCAGGCUUGAUCAACCCAGUCCUAGGAGAAGCUGGCGGCAGAAUUCCCCUUCCAACAUUGUACCAGGGCAAGAAGCUGGCAAAGAAAAUCUCCAAACACUCGCAAAAGAACAAAUCGGACGUCCAUAAGACUGAAAUCCCAGUCUCGACAUCUGCCAACAAACAAGCUCCUGAGCUUGUUGUGGAGGAG